AACAUAUAGACCUCUCAAGAGUAAUCAAAGUGCUAAAGAGAAGACCGAGAAGAAGAAGAAGAAAAAAAUAUGGACUGCAGAAAACACAAGCACCAAGGCAACAGAGGAGUAUGCCCAUCUUGUCUAAGGGAAAAACUCUCUCGUUUACCCAAUACGACGACGUCGUACUACGUCAUAAACCGAUCUAGUUCCUCAUCCACCACCGUUUCCUCUUCUCCGUCGUCGCCGGUUAAGGAACUCCACCGGAGAGCUGGCUCCAUGUCGAUGUCGUUCGCUGUGAGGGAAGCGUUGAGUGGUCAACUGGUUGAAGCUGGACUGAAGAAAAGCAGAUCUAUGGCUCAUGUUCCCAGGGAUUAUUCUUAUGUCGUUAGAGGUUCAAAGAACACGACGACGGAGAAAGUAAAACCCACCACGGUGAAGAAGACUGGAUUCUGGACUAAGUUGCUUCAUCUCAAAGGGAAGAGCGGUGGCGCCGUCGGAGGAGGAAUGGUUGCUUCACGGCAAAGAGUGUAUUAAGUUAGUAUUUUAAAACAUUUUCUUUUUUGACGUGUACAGCUACAGAUUUGGAAUAACUAAAAAUAAUGUUAUUUACGUAAAAGAUAAAAGAUACGUAACGCUAUGAAACUUCCUGGCAUUUGAGUUUGACCAA